AUGCUCGCUCCACCAGAAAAGUGCUUCGAUGCCUAUUACACGGCACUGAAGUGCUGCAAUGCUGCCGAUUCCUUUUGGACGCAGCUCUGCUGGCAGGGUCAGUGGCAGAGCGUGAACUGCUGUAACAGCUGGGCACUGCAAGCUCGGGAUCAUCUGCAGAAGAAGCUGAGGCAAGCCAAGUUGUCCAAGGGCCCUGUCGCAAGCGCUUUCGACUUGUCCGAAUUUUCCAUCAUGGGGAUGUCGGACACAGCGACGACAUGGGUGGUGACGGAUGCAGAUCUGCUGGCACGAGAGUCGUUUCAGCUGGGACAUCGACAGCUUCCGGAUCGGUGUUCUCAUGAAGCAUUGCGUGAAGACGAAGAGUCAGCAGCGAUUCACCUGUGGGAUAUGCUUGGCCACCGACGCACAGGACGCCUCCUGAAUAUCGGUGCGGGUAGCUGGCGCGAUCCUCUCUGGGCGAUUGCACUGCACAGGAAUGUCACGGGCCUGUUCGUUGACCCGGUGGGCCCGCCCAAAGAUAUGCCGCCGCUGAAAGGCAUACGCUUUGUCAGUGAGUUUGUCCGACCCCACAACAUGCCCAGGUUGCUACGUAGUGCGGGGUUCAGAAGCAGGCCAGGCUUUCCUGUACCUAUCGACUUCAUGAAGGUGGAUGUCGACUCCUGUGAUUGUGUCCUCGCAUCCAUCGGAUUGCAGUUCGUUCGCCCAAGCAUCAUUAUCAUGGAGAUAAACUGGAGCUUGCCUCCACCGCUGAGGUUUGUUCGGCAAUGUCAUGACGACUGGAGUCGCAUGUGGCAGUAUUGGAUGCGUGUUGGGUUCUCACUCUCGACACACGGCUGCUCGCUGUCGGGUGCCCUCGCUGAAUUAACGAAAUUUGGGUAUUCCUUAUUCCGCGUGGCCGGCCACGUCAACGCCUUCUUCGUCCAUCGCGAUGUUGCCGCUUCGCUGGGCGGGGCUGAGGUCGACGAGGUUUCCUGCUUCAACCAAGCAUGGCAGGAGAGCUCCGUCACCCGCUAUGUGCACUGGAGACUCAUCCACGACUGGCGUACCGGCUCUGUAGUCGAUGCGUUGAACCACGUCUGGGGCAAUUUUACUUCCUACGAUUCCAUCUUCAACAUCUCCCAUAUACCUUUUGCAUUGGCUGUAUGA